GUCUCAAACCCAUUAAGCUUUACUUAAGGCCCAUUAAAGGCCUCAUAACAUCAUUUUGAUAUUUGUUAUGGAAACAACCAGAUAAUAAUAUUCACGCCUGCGAGUUUAACCUCUCAUCUCUCUCUCUCUCUCUCCCUCUCUUUAAUUUCUCCCCUUUUCCUCCUCCUCCGCCGAUCUCCGGCGACGGUAUCUCAAACUCCGAUCUUCGCCUGCAACAUACUUCCUCAAUUUUCGAAAACUUCAUCUCUUCACCGAUCCUCGACGGCGUCGUAUAUAUGCCGUCGCCGAUACUCUCAGAUUCAUCUGUUUCCUCCGAUUGCUUUUUUUUCUUUUUAUUCCCUUUUGAGUUUUAUUUUUAUUUUUAUAAAUCUUAAUUUUUAAAAACAAAAAAAUAUUUUAUUUCUCGGCGGAUAAAAAAUGAAUUGACGGUUUUACCUCUUACUUUUGACAUUGACCAUUGUAACCCUGAUCCUUGUUUACCUGUCAACCACGUGGCAUAAACAAAAUGAAUCAAAACCAAUACCACCAAGCGCGUGGAGUACAAACACAAGGCGCGUCGAGAAAACGUAAAGAGAGUGAGAGUAGUGAUCCAAGAGGCGUUCCAUCGAACUGGCUCUUGGCUGGCUACAUGGCGCACGAGUUUCUCACGUGCGGGACUAUGCUGGGCCGAAAGCUGUACCCUGGAUGGGCCGAAGUUGGACCGCUCGUCUCGCCACCACCACAGCAGCAGCAGCAGAACAAGGAAGCGAGAAAGACUCGGCAGAGCAACUACUCGGACGUGGCGGGUGUGUUCAAAACAGAUGGGAACCACGUCCCUGGUGUGGUUAACCCGACCCAGCUUGCUAAAUGGAUCCAGAUGUGAUGUGAACUUGUGCCAUUGUGAAGGCUUUCAUUUUAAUUUUUGUUGUAUUCUAGUCUCUUUGUGUCACAAAAUGAUAGAAAUAAUAAUUGUAACACAUGUGUUUUUAUCAUUUUAUAUUAUUAGCUAUAUCAUCAUGAGCUUGGAUCUUCAUACUUAUAAUGUUUAAGGUGUGGCCAAAUCAUAAAUGGGUUUUCAAUUUUCA